GUACGCAGCUCCUCUGACAUACGGCUGCUGCCGUGGGGGUGCCCGGCCUCACGUGUCACUCCCUGCGUUUGGUCGGCAGGCGGAGGAGGCUGAGCACCCGACCCACCGCCGCUCCAAAACUCUCGAGGAAAGGAAAACCAGCAUCUUCGUACCGUCAAAGCUCAAAGGCUCCGGAUUCGCCGGUCAUCGCAGCAGACUGCCAAAGCCAAAAAGCCCGCGCCAGUACUCCAGACCACGCUAAAUCGCUCCGACCAUGGCGUUCCGAUUUCCUACCAGGAUCUUGCUGGCAUGCGGCGGCGGCGGGGGCGGCUUGCUCGCCGUCCUACACAACUCCCAUCAACGGCCGCAGACCGACGGCGACAAACCCUUGGCUUCGUCCCCAGCCGCACCGCCCUGGGUAAUCCUCGGCACGGUGGCGCGGGUGUCGUCGCCCGAGAUCCCUCCUGGCGCCGACAUCUCCCUGGCUCUCGCGACGCCGCCGCGCGUCUCGACCCUCACCAUCCCUCCCCGCGUCUUCCCGGAGAAGACGACGCCGGACAACUUCCCCUCCGUCGUCGCCACCGACCCCUCCGGCCUCCUCCUCCUCCACGCCGACCAGGGCCGCGCCAGGGACCCGUCCGCCGCCCACCGGCCCGGUCGCCGCGAGUGCCAGUCCUGGCGCGACUUCAUCCCGGGCUACUUCCAUCUCGACGCCGUCGCCGCGUCCGCGCUCCGCGUCCCCAACCCGGAGCGCAUCAUGCACCCGGGCCACCUCGGCCUCCUCGCGUCCCCGCAAGGCGGCCAUGGCCACCACUACAUGCUCGCGGAACUCCAGCCAAGGUACGGCAGUACCCACGCGGCCACGGCCACCCUCCUCUGCUUCUCCUCCGAGGUCCGGAAGUGGGUCACGAAGGUGGUGACCUACCCGCUGCCUUCCCGGCGCCUGCUCUCCCCCAACGGCGUCGUCUCGCACUCCGGGAUGCUCUGGUGGGUCGACCUCAGCUGGUGCCUCCUCGCCUGCGACCCCUGCGCCGACAAGCCGCUGCUCCGCGCCGUCCCGCUCCCGCCGGGCCAGGCGCUGGAGCCCAGGGAAGCCUGGGGGGUGCUCGACAAGUACCGCUGCGUGGGCGUCAGCGCCGGCAAGCUGCGGUUCGUGGACAUGUACCGGAGGAACCACGACGCCCCCAAGAUCAGCGUGUGGACGCUGCUCGAUGAGGAUUCCAUGGAAUGGAAGCUCGAGUGCGAGGCCACCUUCCAGGACAUCUGCGACGACGAGACCUUCGGGGCCGCUGGCCUGCCCAGGAAGCUGCCCGUCCUCGCGCUCAUCGACCCGACCGACCCCGAAGUCGUCUACUUCUUCCUGGAGGAGCACCUCGUCGGCGUCGACGUGCGCCGCCGCAAGGUGGUGGCUUGCGGCGCUUGCGAGCUGGUCGCGCCACCCAGCGAAUUCUUGGCCAGUCGCUUCGUCCGUGCGUGGCAGCUGCCACACGCUCCCUCGUCAGGUUUCUUUCCAGAUGAUACUACUGGCAGUGGCUCGGAAUGUAUGGAGUCUGCAUUCCCAGCGUCGAGUCUGACAUAUGUUUGUCAGGUGAGCUUCAUUAUCAGUUUUCGUGGAUUACCUCAGAGAUUUUGUUUGUCCAGUAGAUCAAGGGUAACAGGGGGGAACAAAGAGAGGAAAAGGAAGAGAACUCACUCAGGGCACGGAGGCAACAGAGAUGAGCCAUGCCCUUAGCGCCUCCCUCGCGCCCUCUUUAAACCUACAACUCUGAUUUCUAAGAGAGAUUUUGAGCUUUAAGAGACAAGCCUGAACAGUAGGAGUGACAUUGUUAAAGAUGAGGUAAUUUCUGCAUUUCCAGAGUUCCCACGCCGCAGAGAGGAAGAUUUCCUUGUAAAGUUCCUUGUGCAGACAGUUCUUGGAGUGCCGGAUGAAGGCCAUGAGGGGGGGGGGGGGGGGCGGGGGGCGGGUCUGGCCCAAGACUAGUCCAAUCGAGGCCAAUCGUGCGCCAAUAGUUUAAACUGAAAUCACACUUGAAGAAGAGGUGAUCUUUGGUUUCUCUAGCAUUCGAAGUACAGCAGGCACAGGUAAGAAUCGCAUCUCGGUUGCAGUGGCGGUGAUCCAUCAAAUCCCUGGUGUUGAGCCGAUCACAAGCGAGAAGCCACAUGAAGCCUUUGAUCUUAGGGACACAACGAUUCUUCCAAAUCCAGUUGAAUUGAGAGUCAGUGUGGAUUCUAGGGAAGUGGUGCUGAUAGUAAAGCUUCGAGGUGAAAGUUCCACUGCCCCAUUGACAAAGCCAAAGAUCAGUUUCAUGAGGCUCAAGGUGAGUAUGAGCCACGUAGGCCAUGAUUUGCUGGUAUUCCUGAAAAGCCAGGUUGGAAAAAGGUAGCGCGAAGUGGUCCAAGUGAUCACUGGCAAGAGCAAAGUUGGAGAGAGUAAUGCUCUUAUCAAUGGCAAAUGAGAAUGCUCUGGGGAAACGGCUACUGAGGGGCUCACUAGCCCAGGCAUCUUGCCAGAAGGAGAAGGAAUCCUCAUUGCCUGGCAUUCCCUUAGAAGAGGUUUUGAAGGCAGGGAUUAGUUUAACCAAAUCUCUCCACCAGAAUGAACCCCUCCUGUCAUCAUCUGUGGGGACAGUGACAUUAUAAUAGGCAGACCAGACAAACUUGACCCAAGAAGCCUCCGAUCGAUUGAAGAAUUUAUAAAGAAACUUGAUCAUCUGAGCAUCGUCGAAGACAGAGAGAUCAAGGAUUGCAAGACCACCUUUAUUCUUGGGUUUACAGACCCUGUCCCAAGCUGAUAGGGCUUUGCAUUUCCCUCUAGGUUUGAUUACCAUCUAACUGAACUCUAGGUUCUUGCUUGCCUCAGGUGUAUGUAUCACAUCACAUGGCGAAUCCUGCAAGGUACUAGUACGAGUAAUUACCAACUGUUUUCAUUUUUAGCCGUCAGAUGUUCGUUGAUU